GCUGUUAAAGACAGCGUCAUUUAAAUAUUUUUCACUAAUGACUCUGUUUGAAACAGCGUCAUUAACUUAAAGUCAUUAACUUAAAAUAAUAAAAACACUAGUGACGCUGUUUCACACAACGUCACUGCAAAUCAUACAAUAUUUUGGACAGCGUCAUUGAUAUAUUGAAUUAUUAGAAAAAACAAAAAUCAUAAAAUUGAAAAAACAAAAUCAGAUUCACGCCGACGCCGUAUGGGUUUUGAUGGCGGUGGUGAAUGCAGAUGUUCCUGCCUCGCAAAAUCCUCAACAAAGCUCCAUGACUUCCUUCAAAAAAGUCAAACAGAGGUGUCAAAAUUCCUCAAAAUCAUCUCUAUUUCUCCAUGCGUUCUCUGUUAGGCUCCCUAGCAUCGUUUUGACUAGAAUUUCGUCUCCCCCUUCCUUCUCACAACAAGCAGAUCUGUCCAAAGGAGGUUGGUGAUCUAAUUGAGGGAGAGAUUUGUGUGUUUGAGCAUAAAAGAUUGGGCACUACCUCAUGAGAUUUGAAAGUUGUAGAACUUGGACACACUGUGUCUAGGUCCUUAAUGCCUGAAUCGGGAAUUUUAAACAGCUUAAAGUCUAUGGAGAUCUGGUGAAAGGUUUUAUCUGGUGAAACUUUGUUGAAUCUAGGACGAUCGCCAAGAUCUGGAGGAAUUCAACGAAUCUGGUGGGGCGUCGGUCGAGAAGUCAUUGGAGUUCCCGUGGAGUAAAACUAAAUUUUUUUAAAAAAAUUAAUUAUUAUUUAAAAAUUGAUUGAUGCUGUAGAAUGAUUCAAUUUUCUUUGAAAAACAUUGGUGACGUUGUUCGAAACAGCGUCAAUGUAGAUAAUGCUGUUUUCAACAGUGUUAAAUGCCAUAAUGGGAAAUAAUUUGAAGACAGAGCUAUUGUGGUAUUUAAAAUUAUGCAGAAUGCCUGUACGGUAAAAUACUCAGAUAUACUCAUGUUAAUGUCUAUAUACAGUAUUGAUGCUGAUGUCUAGAACCAGGAAGAUAAGAACCAUAGUUGGUGGCACACUCCUUUCUGUACUCGACUGCCAUGAAGCAUUGUCUCUGAGUCAUGUUAAGCAGAUUCACUCCAUCAUUGUUACCUUUGGCCUCUCCAAAGACACUUUCUUGCUAACCAAAUUGAUUAAUUUCUGCACGCUCUCUCCACAAAACGAUCUCGCUUACGCUACCCAUCUCUUCGGCCAAAUCAAGGGACCCGGCAUUCACCUAUGGAACUCCAUGAUCAGAUACUUCUCUACGAGUACUCAACAGCACGGUUCCCUUGUUUGCUAUGCGAGGAUGCGCCAAGACGGUGUCUUCCCGGACAAGCACACAUUCCCAUUGCUUCUCAAGGCAUUUUCCAAACUGAGGAACGAGAACCCAUUGCAGUUUUAUGCUCACAUUGUGAAGUUUGGUUGGGAAUCUGACUGUUUCGUGGGGAAUUCGUUGAUUUCGGCGUUUGUGAAUUCUGGGUGCUUGGAUUUUGCACGCCAGGUGUUCGCUGAAUGUCCACAGAAGGAUGUGGUCACAUGGACUGCAAUAAUUGAUGGGCAUGUGAGGAAUGGUUGUGCCAUGGGAGGAUUACGGUGUUUCGUGGAGAUGAUUUCAACGGGCAUGAAGGUUGAUGAGGUGACUGUUGUUAGUGUUCUUAGCGGCGCAGGAAUGGUGCGUGAUAUUUGGUUUGGGAGGUGCAUUCAUGGGUUUUAUGUGGAGCAAGGGAGAGUGAAGUGGGAUGUUUAUGUCGGUAGUGCUCUUGUAGAUAUGUACUCAAAGUCUGGUUAUUCUGAUGAUGCUUCCAAAGUUUUCUAUGGGAUGAGAAUUAGAAAUGUGGUUUCCUGGACCACUUUGAUAGCUGGUUAUGUGCAAUGUAAUAGGUUUCGGGAUGCCCUGCUUGUCUACCAAGAAAUGCUGAUGGAGGCUAUCAAGCCUAAUCAUUCGACAUUGACAAGUGUUCUAACUGCUUGUGCACAACUCGGGGCAGUGGCUCAAGGAAGGUGGAUACAUGGUUACAUAUAUAGAAAAAAUUUAGAAAUCAACUUGGCGCUUGGAACUGCUUUGAUAGACAUGUAUGCUAAGUGUGGAUGUCUCGAUGAGGCCUUAUUGAUUUUCGAGAAGUUGCCUUCAAAAGACAUAUGUACUUGGACUGCCAUGAUUAAUGGGUUGGCAAUGCAUGGAGAUGCCUCCAGUUCCUUGAAUUUCUUCUCAAACAUGGUGAAGAACGGGAUUCAGCCCAACGAAAUCACCUUUAUUGGUGUUCUUAGUGCAUGCUCUCAUGGAGGCCUAGUAGAUGAGGGACGUAAGUUCUUUCAGUCAAUGAGGCACAAUUACCAUUUGGAGCCUAAUGUGGAUAACUAUGGAUGCAUGGUAGAUCUAUUAGGUCGUGCAGGGUACUUAGAUGAAGCGAGGAAGUUGAUUGAGGACAUGCCAAUGAAGCCUACUCCAGGUAUAUGGGGAGCUCUUUUUGGAGCCUGUAUGAUACACAAGGACUAUAAGCUAGGGGAAUAUGUCGGAAAACAUCUAAUCAAUCUACAACCCUAUCAUAGUGGCAGAUACACGCUGUUAGCAAACUUGUACUCAAGAAAUCAUAGAUGGGAUGCAGCUGCGCACAUAAGGAAGCUAAUGAAAGGUAAAGGCAUUGGUAAGAUUCCUGGCGUUAGCUGGAUUGAAUUGAAUGGUGUCAUUCAUGAGUUCACAGCAUUCGACAAAUCUCAUUCUGAAUCAAGUAAUAUAUUUGAGAUUUUGGAUGCUGUUAUGGUCCAGUUGAAGCCCCUUGGUUGUAUUAUAGAUGAUGAUGAUCUUUGAUGGAAAUGGUGGGUAAGGUGAAUUGUCUUGAGGUGCUGAAAUUUAUUAAUAUGUGGAGAUGAAAUCUGAGGAUGAUUGCAUGGUGAGGAUUUGUUAAAGUCUAUUUUGCUGCGCAAAAUCAGUGUAA